CCAAAUGUCAAGUUAUGUCGUUCUGUUUUCUGUUCAAAUGAGAAGUCUGGAUAUAACUGAUCGAAUAUGAAACCAAAUGUAGGAAUGAAAUAAAAAUAAUUAAAUGUUAAUUUACUGUUAACUAUUUAUUUGAGAUGUCUAUACAAACCCUUGAAUUUGUCAUCAUCGAUUCAUUAUUUUUUAAUUUCACAGUAGCAUAUAAAUAAAUUGUUAUUGAAGGACUGCAUUUUUUAAAUUUUUUGGAUGAUUACUUGAUAAAUAUUAGUAGAAGAGAGAAAUGAUUACUCUUGGCCGUCUACUAGGGCUAGGAAAAUGUCAUCGUUUUUUCCUGAAGGAAUUCGCCCACUCUCAAUAUAAUCAUAAGUGUUUCAGAAACAUUUUGCUGAAAUUUCCCAAGUAUAAUGAAAGAAGUUAUGCAACAUCCAGAACAUCGAGCCAAGUUUAUUUGAUUGAUGAAAAUGAAAGUCAAAAUGUAGAUAAUGUUAGCAUCAGUAAAUAUACCAACAGGACUCACACCUGUGGAGAACUUACCAGUGAAAAUAUUGGACAAUCAGUUACUCUCUGUGGAUGGUUGGAGUACCAGAGAAUGAAUAAAUUUGUUGUACUUAGAGAUGGAUAUGGAGAGACGCAACUCAUAGUUAAAGAAAAAGACACGGAAACACAAAGUUUCCUAGAAGUCCUACCCUUUGAAUCAAUUAUUGAAGUGAAAGGCACAGUUUUAUCUAGACCAAAGGGCAUGGAGAAUAAAAAUCAAAAAACAGGUGAAAUUGAGGUUUCUGUGGAAAAAUUCAGAGUGGUUAAUAAAGCCAGAGACAAUUUGCCGUUCAACAUCAGAGAAUUUCAGAAAGCUAAAGAACCCUUGAGGAUGCAGUAUAGAUAUCUAGAUUUGAGGUUUCCCAUCAUGCAGCAAAACUUGAGAUUGAGGUCCAAAUUGCUGAUGAAAAUGAGAGAAUUUUUAAUUAACAAUCAUUUCAUUGAUGUUGAAACUCCGACAUUAUUCAAAGCCACACCCGGGGGAGCACAAGAGUUUAUUGUUCCUACACAAUUCCCCGGUCAGUUUUAUAGUUUAGUUCAGAGCCCUCAACAAUUCAAGCAAAUGCUUAUGGCGGGAGCUAUUGACAGGUACUUUCAAAUAGCUCGGUGCUACAGAGACGAAGGGGUGAGAUCAGAUAGACAACCAGAAUUUACCCAGUUGGAUAUUGAGCUAUCAUUCACGAAUGUUGAUAGUGUAAUUAAAUUGAUAGAAGACCUUCUUCAGUAUUCUUGGCCGCAAUCUUUUGAUCCAAUACCAAUGCGAUUUCAGAAAAUGUCUUAUGAAGAAGCAAUGGAAAAUUAUGGCAGUGAUAAACCUGAUGUUAGGUUUGACUAUAAGGUAAAAAACUGUACCGAUUUAUUCAAAAUCAAUACAAAACUCGCUUCAGAAGAAAAUUUCGGUGCCUACUUCAUAUCAUUUCCCAAAGAACAUGCUAAUCUGAGCAAACAAAUAAAGGAUUCAUUACAAACUUUAGGGAAUAAAUACGAGAGAGCGAAACUUAUACAAAGCAAAAUAGUCUCUACUUCAGAAUGGUUGAAUAAGAUUGGAAAGUUAUUAACAACCCAACUGGCAUCAAGAUUUGUGGAAGAGUAUAAAAUUCAAGAUGAGUCAGUAUUAUUCCUAGCAUAUGGAAACAAAGAUGAGGUGCUCUCUCUAUUGGGUAAAGUCAGAUUGGAAUAUGUUAAUUUCUUGGAAAAUCUUGGCAUGACGAUUAGGAAGAAAGGAAAUCAUUUUCUGUGGGUCGUUGAUUUUCCCUUAUUUGAAUUGUCUGAAAAUUCAAGCAAGUUGCAAUGUGUGCACCAUCCUUUCACCGCACCCCAUCCAGAUGAUAUGAGUGAUCUUGAAACCAACCCACUAAAGGUUAGGUCUCUUGCGUACGAUUUAGUGAUGAACGGACAAGAAAUAGGGGGUGGUUCUAUUAGAAUUCACGACCCAGCACUUCAAAAACGUAUUUUGGAAAAAUUAAACAUAGAAACAGAUUCUAUGCAACAUAUCCUGGACAUGUUAGGCUCAGGAUGUCCUCCCCAUGGAGGGAUAGCUCUGGGUUUAGACAGAUUUCUAUCAGUGUUAUUGAAUACAGCCAGUAUUAGAGAUGUUAUAGCAUUCCCAAAAAAUUUUGAUGGCAGGGACCCUCUUAGCGGAGCACCUUCGUCCAUAUCGGAAGAGGAACAGAAACUGUAUCACAUCAAAAGUGUACUUAGUCCCAAGAAAAAAUAGUUAAGGUAUACAGUGAACAGUUUAUACAUGUUAUUGAUGUCAGGAGUGGAAAAAAACGUUGCCUCAUCAAAAAAACUCAUCUGAAUAAUGAUGAUUGUUAAAGUUUUUUCUUUUUAAUAAAAGAUAACAAAGGUGA